AUGACUUACCCUCAAGGCAAGCGCGCUCUCGUCUUCGGCGCCUCUGGUAUCACCGGGUGGGCAGUGGUCAAUGAGAUCCUCCACGACUACCCGGCCAAGGGUGUCUUUGACAAAGUCGUUGCUCUCACCAACCGACCAUUGAGCCUCGAGGUGUCGCAAUGGCCCGCGGACAAGAGACUCGAGAUUGUCUCGGGCAUUGACAUCUUGAAAGGCACUCAGGAGGAUCUCGAGGCGACCAUCAAGUCGAACAUCCCAGACAUUGACACUGUCACCCAUGUGUAUUAUUAUGCAUUCAAGCCCCAGCCAGAUGUCCAGGCAGAGUUAAAAGACGCCGUGGCCAUGUUAACCCGAACAACUAUCGCCUUGGACCGUCUGGCACCGAAGCUCGAGUUUAUUAACCUGCAGACUGGCACCAAGCAAUACGGUUACUACCUCCGUCAAGACCACUACUUCCCGGUCCCGCUCAAAGAGAAUCUGCCCCGACUCAAGAAGCCCUUUGCCGACGACAUCUUCUACUACCCCCAGGUCGACUUCUUGACGGAAUUUUCCAAGGAUAAGAAAUGGACAUGGAACGAGACCCGACCAGACAUGAUCAUCGGCUUCGUCUGCAACCUCAGCAACCACUCCCUGGCCGAGAUCAUGGGCGUCUACCUGUCACUCUGGGUCAAAGUCUACGGCAGAGAUUCCGAGGUACCCUUCCCCGGCAACCCAGGAAGCUGGGUCGCCAAGCACAACGAAGCCGGGGCCGACAUGAUUGCGCGUCAAAACAUCUUCACUUCAUUACAUCCCUCGACCUGUGGUCACGGCGAGGCCUUCAACACGGGGAGCAACCCCCAAUGGCACACCUGGGAGCAGAAGUGGCCCCAGAUAGCGGCUUAUUUCGGCUUGAAAGGCACUCCUCCAGUGUCCGAGACACCAAAACAUCGUCCAAGGGACUUUAUAGACGAGCAUUUCGACGAGUGGCUCGCGUUGGAAAAGGAACACGGGUUACGUCCCGGUGUGGCCAAGUCCGAGGUCCGUCAACCCGUCUUUGAACUAGGUCAGUUGGAAUGGACCGACUUUGAUCGCCAGGUCGACAUGACAAAACUGCAACAAGUUGGUUUCACCGAGAGUGCCGAGGUCAUGGAGAUUUGGGGCACUUGUUUCGAUAGGAUGCGCAAGGCUAAACAGAUACCUUAG